AUGAAGCUGAAGAGGGCGAAGGCCUACAAAAAACUCCUCCACCAAUACGAGCUCAACUUCGGCUUCCGCGAACCCUACCAAGUCCUACUGGAUUCGCAAAUCCUCGAAGAUGCAUACAAGUUCAAAAUAGACCUUAUCGGGCGCCUGCAGAAGCUGCUGGGCGGGCAGGUCAAGCCCAUGAUUACGACGUGCGACAUGCGCCAUCUCUACGCCGCGAAGCCCAAGAACGAGACGCUUAUAUUACAGGCCAAGGAGUACGAGCGACGGCGCUGCAAUCACCAGGACCUCGAUGAGCCGCUUUCCACGCUGGAGUGUUUGUCUGAGGUGGUCGACCCGAAGAGCAGUGGCACGAACAAGAAUCGGUAUAUUGUUGCGUCGAACGAUUCACGGGUGCGCGGGCACAUGCGCUCGAUCGCGGGUGUGCCGCUGAUAUACAUAUCCAAGUCGGUGCUGCUUAUGGAGCCUAUGGCCAAUGCGACGGAAGAGCUGCGCGAGCGGGAAGAAAAGUCAAAGUUCAAGAUGGGAUUGAAAGGCCAGCGCAAGCCAGAUCAGACACCGAAGCGCAAGAGGGAUGACGAAGGGGAGGAGCGUGAUGAUCAGUCUGUUGCGGUUGACACUGCACCAGCUAGGAAGAAGAGGCAGAAGGGCCCAAAGCAACCCAACCCGCUCAGCAUGAAGAAGGCCAAGAAGGACAAGUCUGAGACGCAGCCGGUACCGAAGAAGACCAAGACCACCGACGCAGAUGAUGCGCAGCCUUCGGCCGCCGAAGCUGCUGCUGGCGAGAGCUCUGGUCGGAAGAGGAAGCGGAAGCCCAAGAGCAAAAGUGACGGUGAUGGUGAUGCUGCGCCUGUGGAAGCAACAGACCCCACAUCGCCAUAG